AUGGCACACAUUUUCUCUCUCGCCUCCCCUGCACCAGCUGCUUACCGUGAAGGCAAAAAGUCUGGCGACCAAGUCAAAUUUCCAGAUAGUCCGUUUUUCCAAGGUUUCAACAAGCCAUCUCGACUCGAAGCAGACAUUUUCGAGCUCGAGACUACCGGCACUAUUCCCAAAGACAUCAACGGAACUUUUUACCGAAUCCAGCCUGACCACCGUUUCCCGCCUCUCUUCGAAGAAGACAUCCACUUCAACGGCGACGGCUCUGUAUCCGCCUUCCGCUUUGAAAACGGCCAUGUCGACUUCCGCCAGCGCUACGUGCACACAGAUCGCUUCAUAGCGGAGACGAGCGCGCGGCGCGCCCUGCUCGGGCGCUACAGAAACCCGUACACAGACAACGAAAUGGUCAAAGGAAUCGUCCGCACCGCAUCCAACACCAACAUUAUUUUCUGGCGCGGCGUCCUCCUCGCUAUGAAGGAAGACGGGCCCCCGUUUGCCCUCGACCCCGUGACCCUGCACACCAUCGGGCGCUACGAUUUCGACGGCCAAGUCCUCGCUCCCACAUUCAACGCACACCCCAAAUUCGACCCGGACACUGGCGAAAUGGUGUGUUUUGCGUAUGAAGCCGGUGGCAAUGGGUACGACGCCAGCCCUGAUAUUGUUGUCUACACGAUUGAUAGCGACGGCCGCAAAACAGAAGAGUGUUGGUAUAAAGCCCCUUUUUGCGGCAUGAUUCAUGAUUGUGCGAUUACGAAGAAUUAUCUGAUUUUGCCGCUGACACCGAUCAAAGUCGACGCUGAGAGGCUGAAGAGUGGUGGGAAUCAUUUUGCGUGGGACCCCGAUGAGGAUCAGUGGUAUGGCAUUGUGCCGCGGAGGAAUGGGACCCCCGAGGAUAUUGUGUGGUUGCGUGCUGACAACGGAUUCCACGGCCACGUAGCAGGCUCAUACGAAGACUCAGAUGGCAAAAUCGUCGUCGAUCUAACAGUCGCCUCGGACAACGUCUUCUAUUUCUUCCCCCCAGACAGCCACGCCGCCACGCCUACCACGCUCCACCAACGCAACAAGCUCGUCUCCGACACGUACCGCUGGGUCUUUGACCCCAAAACACCUUCAAACACGCGAGUCCAGCCGCACAAACUCUUCGGCACAAACGGCGAGUUCUCACGCAUCGACGACCGCGUGCUAACGAAACCCUACACGCACUUUUGGCAAUGCAACAUCGACGCCACGCGGGCCUAUGAUUUCGCAAAGUGCGGUCCCCCAGCAGGCGGCCUGUUCAAUGUCCUCGGGCACUACGAGUGGGAUACAGGCCGCAAAGACGUCUUCUGGGCCGGUCCCACCUGCACGUUCCAAGAGCCUGUUUUCGUGCCUAGACAGCCAUGUCCAUCGUCUUCUUCACCAUCCAGCUGUGAUUUCAAAGAGGGAGACGGAUACAUCAUAGCGCUACUGAACCACCUCGACGUCCUCCGCAAUGACAUUCUCAUUUUCGACGCUCAGAACCUCGCGCAGGGCCCGCUGGCUGUCGUGCAUCUCCCUGUUAAAUUGCGGCUGGGCUUACACGGCAAUUUUGUGGCGCAAAGCGAGAUUGACGAGUGGGCGGAGAAAAGGAGAGCCGGUGGAGCGCUGGGACCGGCAACACCGGCGAAGGAUAUGUUACAGUGGCAGAAGAGGAUGGCGCAGGAAGAGGGCUUGGGGUGUUUGGUGCCGCUUCCAGAUGGGGAAGGGGGCGAGGGGAGAGAGUGA